AUGGCACAUCCAGCGCCGCAUCAGGGUUCAUCGCUGCAACUGCCCACUGGCUCGGCGGCGCCCAACGUGGCAUCCGGGCCUCUUCCCGCAUCGUCGUCCUCGCCGCGCCGCGCCGUCAGCCCGCACCCGGAAUCCCGCGGCGGCAUCGUGGUCUUCUCCGGCGGCAGCGCGGCCAACAGCCUCGUUGAUGUCUUUGAGCGCAUCCGCGAAGCCAACCGUGCCACGCUCAGCUACGUGAUUCCCAUCUCCGACAAUGGCGGCAGCACCAGCGAGAUUAUCCGCGUCUUUGGAGGACCCGGAAUCGGCGAUGUCAGAUCCCGCCUGGUGAGGCUCAUCCCAGCCAACGAUGACCCCGAGACGGUCGCCAUCAAGCACCUCUUCAACCACCGCCUGCCCAAGGUCCAUGCGGAAGCGCGUGCCGAGUGGUUCGAGAUUCUCGAGACCACGCACCCUCUGUGGCGGGACAUCUCGUCGCCUAAGCGCGAGCUCAUCCGGUCCUAUCUUAACAGCUUCAACCUCGAAGUCAUCAAGCGCAUGCGGCCUACUAGCCGCUUCGACUUUUCCCGCUCUAGCAUCGGCAACAUCUUCCUCACAGGUGCUCGCCUCUUCACGGGUAGCUUCGAGGCUGCCAUCUAUCUCCUGAGCUCCAUCUGCGCCGUGCCCGAGCGGGUAAGUGUCCUGCCGGCGCUCAACACCAACUUUGCGCACCACAUCGCCGCAGGGCUGCAGGACGGGACUGUCAUCACCGGACAGAAUGACAUUUCUCACCCAAGUGCGCCGACAGCGGCGGUGCCCGUCAACGGGGCCUUCAGCACGGGAGCACACACCCCCGCGCCAUCAGUGGGACACGACGCAGAUGAGCACGAUGAUGUGGAGGAUGCGAACCUCCCUGGCUCCUUGCCAGCUCUGAGACGUCCGGCAAUCGCCUUUUCCAAGAUGGACGAGGAGGAUCUGCCCACUCGCAUCGAUAGGAUCUGGUACAUCAAUCCAUACGGGCAAGAGAUUCGCAUUCCGGCCAAUCCGCGGGUCCUCGACGCCAUCAACUCCGCCAACACCAUUAUAUACAGCAUCGGCUCGCUGUUCACCUCCCUGAUCCCCAACCUGGUCCUCAAGGGCGUGGGAGAGGCGGUUGCGAGCCCGCACAUUCGCAAUAAGAUUCUGAUCCUCAACGGGAGCACAGACCGAGAGACGGGACCCUCGAGCGAACCCUUCACCGGGCUGGACUUUGUGGCCGCCAUUGCCAAUGCAUGCGCCGACUCGAGAGGAUUGCCGCGGCCUGCAGAGGAUGAGUACGGUGCCUAUGUGACCCAUGUAAUCCACCUUGACGGGUCAGCGGCCCCGGCGGUAGACAAACAGCGGCUGGGGAGUAUUGGCAUUGAGACAACAAGACUGUACGGGCCCACUGGUGGGCGAUACGACGCAAACGCACUCGGGCAAACGCUUGAGUCGUUGGUGGGACGAAAAGACAUGCGGGCCGACAGGAGCAGGAGGAAUACCUUGGUGGGCUGA